AUGUCGCCACGCUCGACACGCGAGGUCGACAUCCCGCCGAGGGCACGGCGAGCCUCGGAGCUGGCGGGGGAACACGUGGACAUGUCGCCACGCUCGACACGCGAGGUCGACAUCCCGCCGAGGGCACGGCGAGCCUCGGAGCUGGCGGGGGAACACGUGGACAUGUCGCCACGCUCGACACGCGAGGUCAACAUCCCGUCGAGGGCACGGCGAGCCUCGGAGCUGGCGGGGGAACACGUGGACAUGUCGCCACGCUCGACACGCGAGGUCGACAUCCCGCCGAGGGCACGGCGAGCCUCGGAGCUGGCGGGGGAACACGUGGACAUGUCGCCACGCUCGACACGCGAGGUCGACAUCCCGCCGAGGGCACGGCGAGCCUCGGAGCUGGCGGGGGAACACGUGGACAUGUCGCCACGCUCGACACGCGAGGUCGACAUCCCGCCGAGGGCACGGCGAGCCUCGGAGCUGGCGGGGGAACACGUGGACAUGUCGCCACGCUCGACACGCGAGGUCGACAUCCCGCCGAGGGCACGGCGAGCCUCGGAGCUGGCGGGGGAACACGUGGACAUGUCGCCACGCUCGACACGCGAGGUCGACAUCCCGCCGAGGGCACGGCGAGCCUCGGAGCUGGCGGGGGAACACGUGGACAUGUCGCCACGCUCGACACGCGAGGUCGACAUCCCGCCGAGGGCACGGCGAGCCUCGGAGCUGGCGGGGGAACACGUGGACAUGUCGCCACGCUCGACACGCGAGGUCGACAUCCCGCCGAGGGCACGGCGAGCCUCGGAGCUGGCGGGGGAACACGUGGACAUGUCGCCACGCUCGACACGCGAGGUCGACAUCCCGCCGAGGGCACGGCGAGCCUCGGAGCUGGCGGGGGAACACGUGGACAUGUCGCCACGCUCGACACGCGAGGUCGACAUCCCGCCGAGGGCACGGCGAGCCUCGGAGCUGGCGGGGGAACACGUGGACAUGUCGCCACGCUCGACACGCGAGGUCGACAUCCCGCCGAGGGCACGGCGAGCCUCGGAGCUGGCGGGGGAACACGUGGACAUGUCGCCACGCUCGACACGCGAGGUCGACAUCCCGCCGAGGGCACGGCGAGCCUCGGAGCUGGCGGGGGAACACGUGGACUCGGCCAAGACGUGA